CGGUACUGUCCGUGUGUGUGUCCUUUUGGCUGCUUUGUGUCGCUUCUGUACACUUGUGCCAGUGGCGCAUUUGCCAAAUUUGUAGAGCCGCGAGCGGUGACGGCAGGGGCCAUGGCUGAAGCAGGCGGCAACAAGGAUAGUCCGGCCUCUGCUCCUGCUUCAGGCGGGGCCGAAGACUUGGCGGCUCCUGCCGUGGCAACAGAGGGCACAGAAGCUGCGCAGACGCUAGAGGCUACGCUGCAGUCUGUGGACCCAUCAGUGGCAGCGGUGUUGGGGGCAGAGAGUCCGGCAAGGUCGGCCCCGCGGACAGCGCGCAGCAGGGGCAGGUUCAGCGUAGCAGCACAGGAGGAAGAGGAGGAUGAGGAGGACGAGGAAGAAGAGGAGGAGGAAGAAGGAGGUUCCGACUUGAACCCCGCCCUUCUGAAUGGGGCCAUUUGCAUGGGCAAGGGCCUCGGCGCUGCGGUGUCCGGCGCUGUCAUGGGCGGCAUCUGGGGAGUCGGGAGCGGGUUGUUCAAGCGCGAGGGCUUCAAGGUGGCACUCGGCGAAGGUGGCAAGUCUGCCAAGACCUUCGCUCUUCUGGGGGGGGUGCACUCAGCAAUGGCGUGUUCUUUGGAGAGCCUGCGCGGCGGCAGAGAGAGGUGGCAUGCGGGGGUGUCGGGGUGCGCCACUGGGCUGGUAGUGGGGGCAGACGGUGGCCUGCAGUCCGCGCUGCAGAGCUGCACGGGGUUCGGCGUAUUCUCGUACCUGAUCGAAAAUUUGCAGCCUUCUGCCACUGCGGCCCCGCUGCCAACCUCGCAGCUGGCCCACCGCCGCUUCUCAACGCGGCAGGUGGACCGCUUGGCGCACUCAAACUUCCCCCACACACCGGCCUUCCUGGAGCCGGUAGUCCGGCCGGUGCGAAGCUUUCACACACGGCUCAAGAAGGCUGAGUCGAGGAGAGUGAAAGAAGCGAUAAGGAGAGAGCUUAGGAAAUAGGCUACCAAUCGCAGCAGCACUCGCGGGCUUGACAUUACGUGCUUCCUUUGUUAGUCUCAUUGCAAAUAUCCUUUUCCAGUAGUCAUACUUGUGGCAAACGUUUUGAUCCGUGAGUUGAAAUAGUUUAUCUCCGUGCGUGUUACUUGCGACCCGCUUUCUAUCAAGGGCCGGCUUUGAACUCAAUUUGAUCUUGCCAAAAGAGUCAUCCGUCCAUCACUAUCUUACUAGCUAGAAUGCGCAGCAAGCCAGACAGACUGACACCGGCUUGAGGCGGCCUAAUCCAACGAUUCUGAACGCAUAAUCAGGCCAUUGAAUGUUGUUAGCUGGAUCUUGUUUUACUAGUGGGCAUGGGUUGAGGAGG